CUUCGUAAAGCAUAUCCUAGCUUUUCGCCUGCAUUUUCAGAAUAUUACCAAAAACAAACAUUACCAGAUGAAAUGAACAUUGCAGGAAGAACACUUCUCAACACUAGGAUUUCCAACUGCUACUCAACUUCUCUCUUCAAUCUUCAUCGGACCUCAACUCCUUUUCAUUCUUCUUCUCUUCCCAUCUCCAAUAAAGUAAUCAACACCCAUUUGAAACCAUCAAAACCCAACAAUUUGAAGUAUUCAACAACAACAAUGGCAUCAUCAUAUAUCAAAUCCGAACAAGCUAGGGUUCCUCCUGCACUUCAAUUGCCCACUCCUCCAAUCACAAAGUUUAAAAUAGGGCUUUGCCAGCUUUCUGUGACAGCGGAUAAAGCAAGGAACAUUGAUCAUGCUAGAAAGGCUAUUGAGGAUGCUGCUCAAAAGGGUGCCAAGCUAGUUGUUUUGCCUGAGAUCUGGAAUAGUCCAUAUUCAAAUGAUAGCUUCCCAGUGUAUGCUGAAGAUAUAGAUGCUGGUGGUGAUGCAUCUCCUUCGACAGCAAUGCUUUCUGAAGUUUCUCGUGCCUUGAAGAUCACAAUAGUUGGGGGCUCCAUCCCAGAACGCUGUGGGGAUCGGUUGCAUAAUACAUGCUGUGUCUUUGAUACUGAUGGAAAGCUAAUUGCUAAACACAGGAAGAUACACCUGUUUGAUAUCGAUAUUCCUGGGAAGAUUACUUUUAAAGAAUCACAAACCCUUACAGCAGGAGAGGCUCCUACAGUUGUAGAUACAGAGGUUGGGCGCAUUGGAAUUGGCAUCUGUUAUGACAUCCGCUUUCAAGAAUUGGCUAUUUUAUAUGCUGCAAGAGGAGCUCAUUUAUUGUGCUACCCUGGAGCGUUUAACAUGACUACUGGACCACUGCACUGGGAAUUGCUUCAGAGGGCAAGGGCUGUAGAUAAUCAGCUAUACGUAGCCACUUGCUCGCCUGCACGCGAUGCUGGUGCUGGUUAUGUUGCUUGGGGUCACUCCACACUCGUUGGACCAUUUGGAGAAGUCUUGGCUACAACAGAACAUGAUGAGGAGAUCAUAAUAGCUGAGAUUGAUUAUUCAUUGAUGGAACUCCGAAGGACUAAUCUCCCAUUGGAGAAGCAACGCCGAGGGGAUCUUUACCAAGUAGUGGAUGUUCUAAGAUCGUAAUUACAUAAAGAACAUUAGAUGUGAACACCUUGAGAAGGCAAGCACAGCUAUAACAUUCAUAAUUCAGGAUGAUCCGGGUUUUUCUCUGUUAUCGUCUUGUAUCUUUCCAUCUUGUUGGUUUCUUGGGUAUCAAAUAGAAUAAGAAUUGGGUAAAUUGCAUGAAAUAAGAAAUUUACUCUUUAUUUGAGCUGAGGAGUAAUAAAUCUCUGUCAAUUUGAUGCCAUAAGUGCAUGUCUCACAUAUAUAGAUAGUGUUUAUAUUGUAGUCUUUUGUAAUUACCAUCAUUAAUUCAUAAUGAUAGCAGUUUAAUGCAAUUUUUAUUAUCAA